UCAGAUGGACCAGACCAUUUCAUCGGGGUGCUGCCCGCACGUACUGAGGAGAGAAUAGAGCCUGCAUGGGGUAUUCUUUACACAUGUUCCAGGGCUACUUGCCCCUGGCUUCCAAAUUCACCAUAUUCCGGGGUUUCUAAGGCAAAUCUCUGAUCGGGACAUAGGCAAUAAUUUCAAAGGAGCUAAGAUCCUAUCAUCAGUCGAUGCUGGACUUAGGAUAGUGUUGGAAUAGGCCAGCCUGAGCCAUGGCUCAUGGGAAGAAACCAGGGAAGAUCACCAGAAUCCUGGGACCCAGCCCUUCGUCGUGCCCAGGAGGAUCCAUCGAGAAAAAGCCAGGGACUAUUAGGAGAAUAUUGGCCCCCAGCCUUCCGCCCAGCCCGAGUCCCACAGGAUCCACAGAGGAGUCUAAUGAAGGACCUCAUGAUGAAGGACCUCAGAAAGAAAGACCACAGAGUUUGAGGAGUAAGGGCCCUCCACCCUGCCCUGACCCCCUAUCCACAGGGGAGCCUACUGAUGAAGAACCCCGGGGUCUGAGCAGCAAAGGCCCAACUGAAAGACUACAUGAUGGAACUCAGAGUCUGAAGAGUGAAGGCCCUCCUCAGCACUCGCAGAGCACCAGCAAUGAGGAGCUGGACAAUUACAAUGACGAGAGGACCCCUGGGCCUGCAGCACCUGUCCCUGUCCCUGCUAGUCCAACACAGGCCCGCCCAACCCAGGCCUACAGCAAAAUGACCCAGGCCCAGAACUACCCUCGGCCCUCGGAUGCCCAGGCCCAGCCCCGACAGACCCAGCAGCAUCUCAGAGACAGUCCAACGAGCCUCAGCACCAGGCCCACCUCUGACCCCCCAUCCAGUCAGGAGAGACAGUCCAGGGCUGUUAAACCAUCACCUGUCCUUACCAGUGCCAGUCCUUACCAGCCGUGUCUGAUUAGUCCCUCCAGUUCACCUCUUCCUGUCCCUACUACAGCUAGUGUCUCCUCCAAGCUCUCUCUGAACCUGCCCGGUGACAGAACCACCCCUGACAGCAUGGAGGAGGAGGAGGACAGCUGCUCAGAGUACGACAAUGUGGGUUCAGAUGUGGAAGGUGUGGAGCAAGAUAUUGAUCAGGUGCUGCAGGUGGAAGACCAGGGUAUGGAGGUGAGGUACUACCCUGAGCCGCAAGAUGGUAUCUAUGUGGAACACCAAGACAGAACCUACGUGAAACACCAAGACAGAACCUACGUGAAACACCAAGACGGAACCUACGUGAAACACCAAGACGGAACCUACGUGAAACACCAAGACGGAACCUUCGUGAAACACCAAGACGGAACCUACAUGAAACACCAAGAAGGAACCUACGUGAAACUCCAAGACGGAACCUUCGUGAAACACCAAGACGGAACCUACGUGAAACACCAAGACGGAACCUACGUGAAACUCCAAGACGGAACCUUCGUGAAACACCAAGACGGAACCUACGUGAAACACCAAGACGGAACCUACGUGAAACACCAAGACGGAACCUACGUGAAACACCAAGACGGAACCUACGUGAAACACCAAGACGGAACCUACGUGAAACACCAAGAAGGAACCUACGUGAAACACCAAGACGGAACCUACGUGGAAUGUGAAAACCGAACUUACAUAGAAGACGAAGACGGAAUGUAUGUGAGGCAUGAAGAUGAAACCUACGUAGAAGAAUGUGAGGAUGGACCCUAUUGCCCCAAGGAUUCCACCUAUGUAGAAGGUGAGGAUGGACCCUAUUGCCCCAAGGAUUCCACCUAUGUAGAAGGUGAGGAUGGACCCUAUUGCCCCAAGGAUUCCACCUAUGUAGAAGGUGAGGAUGGACCCUAUUGCCCCAAGGAUUCCACCUAUGUAGAAUGUGAGGAUGGACCCUAUUGCCCCAAGGAUUCCACCUAUGUAGAAUGUGAGGAUGGACCCUAUUGCCCCAAGGAUUCCACCUAUGUAGAAGGUGAGGAUGGACCCUAUUGCCCCAAGGAUUCCACCUAUGUAGAAGGUGAGGAUGGACCCUAUUGCCCCAAGGAUUCCACCUAUGUAGAAGGUGAGGAUGGACCCUAUUGCCCCAAGGAUUCCACCUAUGUAAAAGGUGAGGAUGGUACCUAUGUGGAGGGUAGUGUGGAGGGGGACAGCCUGGAGGGGGACAGCCUGGAGGGGGACAGCAGCACCACUGUACAAUACAAAGCCACCAGGCCACUGUACGGCCCUGAGUCUGAGGAGAUGCAGGAUAAAGAUAGAAAACCCUGUAGCUCUUCUGAGUAUUACCAUCAGGUCAAUGACAAUCCACAUCAGACACCCAAGGCUGGAGACAAGGAAGAAAAAGAGGAGGGGCAGGAGGAGGUGGAGGGGCAGGAGGAGGUGGAGGAGAGGAGGAGUCUGAAGAGACAGAGGACAGAGAGCAGGAAAAGAAAACCACUAGCAGCCACCAGGAGAAUGAUGAGGAGAGGAUGA